AUGAUAGAUCAGAACUUGUUAUUUGCAUUUGUUGAGAUGUGGCACCCCGAAACAUCGUCCUUCCAUAUGUUGUUUGGCAAGAUGACUAUUACGCUGGACGGUGUUUCUUGCCUGCUACAUAUAGCAUGUAAGGGGGCCUUCUGUAACCUUGAAGAAGGGUUCAGUGAAUCGAAUGCUAUUACUCAGUCUAUUCGUCUGAUGGGUGUUCCACUGGCUGAGGAAGCUAAAGAGGUUUGUGUUUGCAGAGGUCCCUAUUAUAGGCUGGACUGGUUGAAGAAGAUAUUUGUCUGUCUGCGAGCUGAGAGCAUAUAUGAUUGUGCAGCUAGAGCAUAUAUGUUAUUGUUACUAGGUUGUACUAUUCUUACCGAUAAGACCUUUACUCUUGUAGAGGCAAAGUAUUUACCAUUAUUUGAGAACUUGUCUAGCUGUGGUAGAUACUGUUGGGGGGCAGCCUCACUAGUCACACUUUACAUAUAUCUCAGAGAUGCCUCCUUUUACAGUUGCAGACAACUUAGGGGAUAUGCCUCUCUACUACAGUGUUGGAUUCAUGAGUAUUUUCCAACUGUUGGCAAGAAAGGAUUUUUGAAGAUUGCUGGUAUCGGUAGUCCACUUCCUAGGGCGAUGAAGUGGAUGUACCAGAAAGGAACGCAGAAGGUUGAUGAGUUGAGGGCUGUGUUGGAUGGAUUGACACAUGCGGAUGUCAUUUGGUGCCCUUUUCAGGAUCACAGACAACAUCAACUAAUUGAUGAUAUUUGCUUGUACAGGGGUGGCCUGAAAUGGUAUGAUACAACUGUUCUUUAUUUACCUGAAAGAUGUUUGCGUCAGUUUGGAUACAGGCAAUACAUACUGUAA